CUGCUCGAGCCGCAAGAAGAAGCGCGAGGACAAGGCUGCCAAGGAUGAGCCGUCGACGAGUGAGGAGGGGCGGUCAGGCCAGAUCCCAGAGCUGGCCACCGCGAGCCAGGGCGCUGGCGGCAAGGGCAAGGGCAAGAGCUCGACUAGUGGCAAGGGCAAGGGCAGGACAGGCAAGGGCGCGGGUCGCGGCAGCAAGGGCUCGAUCAGAAAGGGCGACAGCAGGGCGAGCACGGCUGCUGGCAAGCUCAAGGCCAAGGCAGAGCAGCCCGCUGACGAAUGCGAGCCUGAGGAGAUCGUCGAGGCGCCAGCUGGCGAGCCUGAGGAGAUCGUCGAGGCGCCAGCUGAGGGCGAGUUUGAAGAGAUCGUCGAGGCGCCAGCUGAAGGUGAAGUCGGGGAGGUCGUCGUGGCGCCAGCUGCAGGCGAGGUGGAGGAUGAGGCGGCAGCGGUCGACGGGGGCGAGCAGCCCACCUCGGCGGAGUUCGACGUGCCCUCGCACGACCAGGCGCUUGUGACGAUCGCCUACAAGUACCGGGCCAGCAGGUCCAAGUGGUUGCAGCUGGCCCAGGUGAGCGACCACAGCACGCCCCACCUUCAGGAUCGCCUCGUCGGCUGGCAGCCCUCGGAGAUCUCGGACCUGAUCAUCGAGGGGAUCUUCAGUGAGGUCGUCGAGGCGAAGACCAUCGACAAACUCGCGGCGGUGGCCAUCAGGCGCGAGGCGUUCCAG